CACUGUUUUCUUGUUCGAUUUUUUGGCAGAAAGUUUUAGAAUUAUCAAAUGGUUGUAAUACACUAUUUAAAAUACAUAAGAGUGAAUACAUUUUAAAGUAGUGAAGUGAUAAAUGCAAGAAAGAAUAUGGCUAAUGCCAUAAUAAAAGAUUUUGUAUAAUUCAAACAUUUAACAAAUAGUAUGUUAUAUGUAUUGAUGUGUGCGGCUCUGUAGCUGUUGCUGCGUACUCAACGCGUAGGAAUCACGCAAUUUUAAGUGCAUUAAAGACAAGUGCAAGCGAGAUAGCUAUUGCUACAGAUUCAUUGUAUACAACAUCUUUCAUAUACAUAUGUACAUACGGGACAAGCUGCGCGCGAGCACUUUUGUAGCCGACAGCAGAGAAUAAGGAAUUACAAUUAAAACGAAAAAGGAAUAAAACAUCCUGUAGUCCCAAAUAUAAAAAAACGGUCAGCUCUUGUGGUUCAAGUGUUGAAAAUGGGAUAAACUAAAUGUGAAUUUCCUUAUAUAAAAAAAAAAAAAAAAAAAAAAAAAAAAAAAAAAAACAAAAUCAUUUCUUAAAUUCGCCAUGCAACAGAAAUUCGCCAUGCAACAGAAAGCGCGUAUUUAUUCCAUGAUAUGAUGACAGCGUUGGACACCCUCGUGGAUUUCAUUUUGAAUGAUUACCAAUUUAAUUGCACCCGCAACAGUUAAAGUUUAAUCGAAAGUUAUUAGUGCAGCAGAAGUGACAAUCCUACCAAAAAUUAGAAGAAAAAAAAAACAGCGAAAACUACGUAUUGGACAUGGAUGUAACUACUACAAACCAAACUGCUAAUCCGGUAAUAAAUUCGCUUGCGGAAGGCAACGUGCUACAGGAGUCAGUGGAUCUUUUAACACAGCGAGGAUCAGUUGAAGAAAUUCUUCCUGUACCCUCCGCUGACGUGAGUGUCAAUAAAAAUAAAAAGCAAAAUGAAGCGAGCCCACUAAGUAGUGUUCCAGCGCCAGUUGACAUUCCCAAUACUUCAGCACUUGCAACGUUAGCAAUAUCAAACACAUCAUCUGUGGGCUUAAGCCUACCUCCACCGAAAUCUAAUUUAAAUGUCACUGAAUCGUCCUCAGAUGCUGCUUUAUUGAGCUGUUUGCUACCUGCUCCGGCUUCUUUUUCAAGCGCAGGGAUAAGGGCAACUUCAACACCACCACCCCAUAGUUCUUCAGGCCAGACAGGACCAGCACAACUAGCACCUGCACCAUGUGCAAGUGAUUUUGACUCAGACACUGAAUUAUCAAUUGUAGCAGCGGCAACCACAACAGUAAUUACUUCUACAAUAGACCACUCGACAACAUCAUCAGCUUCAACAGUAACAUGUACUCCUGUUCAAACUGCUUUAGUAGCAACUGCAAACGGCCACGCCAAUAGCAGCAUCUCCAAUAGUUGCCAGCAACUGAGUCUAAUCACAAAACAGCAACGCCAACAGAAACGUCGGCGUGAACGAGCCCAGCGCCUGCAGGCAGAGCGCGAUAAUCGAUGCAGUUUAAGUGCGUUAAGUGGCACUUUGAUUGGAGGAUCUGUAGGUGUGGGUGUUGGCCUUGGGAUAAACGCUGCUACUGGCAGUAGCAAUACUGGUAUGAUUGGUUCUAUAACUGCGCCUACCAUAUUGAUAGGUAGCAGCAGCUCAUUGGGUCCUGGCAAUAGCAUGUUAUAUCACCUCAAUAGUGCUGGUAGUAUGGGAGAAGAUAGCAAUAACUCCAAUGGCAACUUUACUAGCAGUAGUAACGGUAGCAACAAUUUGCUACCACCUACGGACAGCAUUGCAUCAUUGCUAUUGAAUCCACCACAUUCUCCUGAAUGCAAUUCUGGUCUGAUGGCAACUCCAAGUGAUAGCGAAGGUGAAUCACUAGAUGAAGAUCUUCUUUCAACAUCGUCGUCAUCAACAUUACUUCUUCCGCGCGAUAAGCCUCCACCAAGACCGCCACCUCCAGUUCGUCGCAAACUGCCUAGGUCUCCUGUCCUAGAGGAGGAGAUUAUUGACGGAUUUGCCAUAUUAGAGUUCAAAACGUAUGAAGAUCUAGAGUUUGCCAUUAAGCUAGGACAAAAGCGUAAGGAAAAGCGACUUUCGGCUUUAGAGGAACUUACGUGCACAUAUAGCAUAGAGGAAAUGAAAAUGCCAAAGAUUAUUGAUACUGGCCAGCCUCACCCAUUGCGUACCACAAAUCCUUCCAAUUUGUCAAGUGCAAGCAACAAUAAUUUAAAAGAAUCUAAUCACCACCAACAUCGCAGUGUUAAUGUUGGUAGUGGAGGUACAAUUGUGGCUACGGCUAACACCAUCAGCACUAACAAUAAUUCAACAAAUAACAAUAGCAAUAGGAUUUACAAUAUGCCAAUGUCAAGUAUACCCGAUACCGAAGCUGAAAAGUGGGUAGGAGAUCCAUAUGGACAGCAACAAGAAAAGCUUGCGAUCACCAGCAAGGAAAAUCAAAUUAGUAGUAGUCAACACUUAAACCAUGUAAUCCAAUCAAAUAACUCUGUAAUGAGCAUAAGCAAUACGCCUGUCGCAGGAACCGUUAAUACUGUCACUGUUAGCUGCAUUCUGGAGGAGCACAUUGAAAAGUUAUCUACUGGCGCAGUCGUACCGCACAUAGAGCUAAGUGACAAUAGAAAUGAAAAUAGUUCCGGGGGUACUUCACAAGAUACCAUAAACAAUGAUAGCCAACCAAAAAGUGAGGUACAGGAAUACAUUAACAUGAAAGAGACAAAAUCAACUGAUGCCUCCCCUAUGAACAAUCGUCUAAGCACUAUGUUAUCAUCGUCGACAUGCUCAAAAGUUAUCAAGCUGAAAAAUGUAGAAAGUAGCGAAACUGAUGCCAAUGCAGAAACUGUAGCAGAAGGCUUAAAGUUAGAAAUUGAAGACUAUGCAAUUGGAACAGCAAAGGUCUUAGCAGCUAGUAUUCUACUUAACAAGGAUACUGAUCCAAACGAAAGUUUUACUGAUGUUUCAAAUCACUGCAAUAUCAACAAACAAGAAACUAAUAUCUGUGAUAAAGCUAUAGGCGGAAAUAAGACUAGUCGAACAGGAUGUUUAACUGUAAAUGUGUGCGACAUCGAUACUUUAACGGGUUUAUCAAUGCCAGAUGCAAGUCCUCCGUUAACCACUUUACCUGGUACAGCACCAAAUGGAUGUCGUACAACGGUCAACGAGAUUGAGAUUACAGCCGAAUCUACAAACAUUCAAACUGUAAGUUUGAUAUCAACAACACUCUUAACGUCGAAGCCUGCAACACCUAAUGGAGAUAACCAACAUUUAAAUACGGGGACAGAUAAUGUACCACAUACCAUAAAACAUCCUUCUGUCACAUGCUCUACACCAGUAACAAGCGCAAGCAUUUCUGAUUGCGAAUCGUACCUUGCUUCGGAGUCUGCACAUUGUGGGCUUGAACUAACUCAAUGCACAACUACAAAAGGAACAACUUUAAGCUCAAAAAAAAUUGUAACAUCACAUGGAAUGGACACAAUUUCUUUGGGUCCCCCUUUAACUCCCGUUACUAUAGCAUCAUUACAUGGAUCAUUUGCGGACCGAACGUCUAAUGUAGUUCUAUCAACAAACUAUAACUCAAAUGAUUAUCAACAGCUAAUUAUUGAUGGGAGAACAACCGCUGGUGCUGUAGAGCCGCAGAAGAAUGUAAAUGUUUCUUUGUCAACAUCUUCUUCUUCAGUCGCCAAUGGAUUCGUCUGUAGUCACUCAUCUGUCAGUUCUGCAACGUCAAUAGCUGCUGGAAAAAGUCUACUGAAUGUUUCUCCUCAUUCAGGAAAUAAGGUGUUGCCCAUCCCAUCUAAUACGGUAGUUGGUUCCGUUGUAGUGGCGGCCUCUACCACAACGAAAACAUCUGUUAGUACAGGAACUAGUUCAGUAGGGGCAGCCGGCUCUUCAUUGGUGUUUCAUGGGGCAGCCCCACUGAUGUCUCACUCGAGUGCAGGGUUGCCCAUGUUAAUUCAAGCAACGCCAUACCGCUCACCUUUCCCUAAUUAUUCAACUUUAUAUACACCCUAUAAUAACAUAACUCAUGGACAAUACCUUCCAUCAGUGAUAUCAAUGGGAAAUUCUAAUACCUCAUCUUUAUCUCAACGGUCGGAUAGUCGCAACUGUCGGGAGACGCAGCCAAUGACAUCUUUAAAAAUGCCAGUAACAAGUGCAUCAACACUGAAUCAGCAAAGUGCUAAUAACAUUGCAGGAUUGCGACCUAUAACACCACUAGGCUAUAUGAUUAGCAACAAUAGUACAACGCAGGUAUUAGGGACCAUUCCUAUAACAACAACAACGACCGUACCUUCGUUACAUUCGACACAGUCACAUCUCUUACCAGCUGCAUUUAGUACUUCAACCCCUGGACCACCAAUUUCAACAACACAAUUAUCGACUUCCGCAGGAAUUACAGUUGUUACUUCGCAGACGCAACCUUGUGCACCAAUUCUUCCUCAAACUGGAUAUCAAUCCCAUGUUCCUCAAGUAAUAAACUCAUAUCCACAGUUCGCGCAUUCAACAUCGACAACCCAACAGUCACUUUUGCGUUGUACUACCACUUCAACGAUUAGUACAAGUAAUGCAUCAGUCCUUACUGUACAGAGUUUAAUAACAGCGACGCCAUCGCCUUCAAUAAACACCUCUGUUGCGCCAUCAUCUGUGAUUCAAAAAAUACUUUCGCCUAAAAUUGACAGUAGAGAUCGCGAUACAAGUUACAGCAGUACAGCUGUGCGUCCAAGCAAUACUGUGUCGGUUUCAAGCGGACCACCAGGUACUGCAAUAGGUGCACCAUUUUCAGGCUUAGUACCGUCGACACCCUACAGUGCCGUGUCUGUUUCAUCAACCACGCUAGCAGCGACCACGUUACCAACUUCACAUUCAGCUUUUCCUGUUGCGGGUCAUGGCAUAUCCACCUAUACCACAAAGGCAGGGCUCUGGUUAAGCCAAUCAGCUAUGCACCCAACAGCAAUGACUUGUACGCCAUCCAUUCCAACUGUUACUAGUGGCAAUGUUCGACCACUUCCCUCUCCUUUAAGCUCAGGUGUCAUAGGAGCACUAGGUCGAGUUGCUGGAAAUGCUACUUCACCUCAUGCGGUUCAUUCAACUGUUAGCAGUGGACAUGCUCCUAUAGCAAACUUUCAGACCACAUUUUUUGCUGCCCCCCAUGCACCAUUAAAUUCAUCUUCUUCUGCGAACAUUUCAGUUGCAAGUAGUAUCAACAGCACUGUUUCUCAUAUACCUUUGGUGUCUUAUACAACAGCCGUUAUUGCGGCAAUGGCUACAGUAACAACCACGACGCCUUCUAUCAACACCGUGGGUAAUACACAAUCGACUGUACCAACUGUCUCCACAGCUGUUGCGUCUACACCACAUCCAUUUUCUGCAGAAUCUCUCUUCCAACCAAGUAAAAACGAUCAGGCUGACUUAUUGCGCCGUGAGCUUGACAGUCGAUUUUUAGAUCGUUCUGGCUUAUCCCAGCCAUCUCCAUCGUCGUCUUCAACGUAUUUGCGUCAAGACUUGCAUCAUCAACAUCAGCAUACGCACCUGCAUCAACAUCCACAACUUUUAUCUACAGCUCCAAUAUCCUCCUCUUCUACUGUAUUGCCGGCUACGCCGCCGAAUCCAACACAAAUUUUUCCUCCACCGUUAUUUAAAGAUAUACCUAAAAUUGCUGCAGUCGAUCAACCGUUCUAUCGUGCAAGCAUUGGAAUUCCCCCUGGUUAUACGGGAUAUAAUCCAACAGGAGUUUUGCACAAUGGCUUGGGUGGCCCAACGCCAUUUGUGCCACCUAAUCAUUUAACUUCAUUUGCACCAAAGAAAACAGGACGUUGGAACGCUAUGCACGUCCGCAUUGCGUGGGAAAUUUACUAUCACCAAAAUAAGCAGAAUUCAGAAAAGCCCAUGCUAGCCGGAGGUUCUACGCUUGGCAACAAUUGUAGCAUUGGUAACUCAGGAACUUCUAGUGUACCUAAUAACACUAAUAGUAUGAGCAGCACCACGGCCGUCGGCUUAUCUGGAAACAACAGCGCUGCUUUACCAACUAGUGGAGCCGUGGUUGUGGCAAGUGGAUCUGCAGCUUCAGUCAAUAUAAAACCAUUGCCGUCAUUGAGCCUGAAUUCAGCAUCGCCACACCUCUUACAUCGGUCGUCUGAACUUACGUCUGUUGCGGCGUACGCCAGAUCCCCAUUUGAAGCCUCACCACUAGCUGCAAGUUUUAUUGGAGCACCACCUAGUCAUAUCGGUACAGCUGUUUCUCAAUUUAGUCGGUACGUAGGAUCAUUUGGAUUUGCCGGCCUAUCACAUUUUGGACGAGAUAUUUCGUUGAGUGGACAUUUGGAUACAUGGAGAACUGGUUCAGUACCACGCUCAAUGCCAUAUCAUCCUGCAGCUACCGCUGGACCUACUGUUUGGCCCAUAAAAUCAGAUCUUAUUGAGAAUGCACGUCGUGAAGCCGAAGAACGAGAUCGAGAGCGGGAGAUACGUGAACGAGAGCAGCGCGAGCGCGAUCGUCAAAGAAGGGAGCGUGAAGAGCGUGAGCGUAAAGAUAAAGAGGACAAACUAAAACGUGAACAACAGGAGCGUGAAAGAGAACGCGAACGGGAACGUGAACGCAAAGAGCGCGAGCGACGUGAAAUAGAACGUCGAGAAGUUGAACGCGAACGUAUGCUACAGCAACAACGCAUUAAUGAGAGCAACAAACAAGCAAUAGUUGCUUCAUCUUCAUCCACACCUCGAGAUCGGUCACCUCACCGUAUUAUUGGUGAGCUGAAUACAGAAAUACGAAUUAAAGAAGAACAUUCCCGAUCGAAAGAGGAGCAAGACGCCCUGCUUAUGCGUGCAUCAGCAGCUGCGAACGUCGGAGAUCCACGAUAUCAUCCUUCAUCGUUGGUGUCUGUUCAACCAAAUGCAGCAGUGGCUGCAGCACAUCACCAUGCCAACUUCUUAGUAGCGGGUCGACAUGGAUUACCACCACCAACAUCACAUAUUUCCCGUAAUAUGAUGCCACCUUCAAUGGGUAUCAGUGGACCACUUACACAUUUUGGUCCACCUGGACCGACUCCGUGGGGUAUUGAUCCAUAUCGGGAUCCCUAUGCACCUAUUCUGCGAUACAAUCCCAUAAUGGAAGCAGCUUUCCGCCAUGAAGCAGAAGAGCGUCAGAAAGCCCUAAGUAUGUACGCAGCCCAAUCGGCAGCUCAUCUGCGAGGUAAGGAUCCGAGCCCCAUACCGCCACCGUCGGUAGGUCAUUUAGGUCCUUCUGCUACACAUCUUCGAAUGCAGCCAUCGGGAGUAAAUGUUAUUGCUUCAUCAAGUGUGCCACCGUCUUCGCAAAAUCCUCAAACACAAUUGACUACAAUUGGAAUUGGAAAAGGGACACAACCAUCUACUAUGAAUUUAUCAGUACAACAUAUGAUAAGUGAUCCUUUAAUACAUUCAUCCACUACAUCCAAAAAAGAUACUGAGAAUAGUAUGGGUAUAGCGGUCAGUUCGUCUGGUACAAAUGUAAGCCACAGUAAUGUACAAGGAAGCCUGAUAGGUAUACCACCCGCGUCACCAGUAAUGCCAAGUCGAUGAUAACCUAGAAAAUUAUAAAAGUUAUUUCAAAUACCCAAUUUUAAUGAAAGUUUGUAUUUAUUUGCGUACCUCUUUCACCCCUAUCCUGAGAAAGAUAAUGAGCGCAACGCUUUUGUAAUAUGAAUAGUGAAACUGAAUAUUUAUUAACUUAAUUUUAUUGUUACGGGAUACAACUUGUUCAAUAAAACAACAGUUUACAAAUUUUAUCUACUACACAAGAAGAGGUAUAAGAUGAAGGUACAUUUCUUCUUUUCUUUAUUUUCUAACUACGAGCACUCUUCGUUAUCGCAACAAGUUGCUUCCCAUUAACGUCUACCCAUAACGACAAAUGGCACAUACAUACUCGCAUAUAAAAAAAUUAUUUUAGGCUUAUAUUAGUUUAAAUUUGAUUUUAAAGUUUGCAUAUGUUGCUUGAUAUAUUUGUAAUAUUUGUAUUAUGUGAAAUUAAAGUUACUCAUUAACUUGACAUCAAUAUACUCAAAUGUACAUAUACACAGAUGCAAACACACUAGUUAUUAGUACUAUAAAUUAUGAUAGUAAUUAAUUAAUUAACUAGCUGUAAACUAUAAUAUAUCAACUGGUGGCAUCAGAGUAUACCCAUCCAAUCGUGCGUUUUCUCUUUCCAGGUGAAAUUUCAUGCAUGCCGGUAAUGUAUAAAAAAAAAGAAAAUGAUAAUGGAAACAUUGCUAUUAACUGAGAUAAACAGAUUUUAUUUUCCACAUAAAGAAGUAGCAGAUUAUUAACAUAUAUGUUAUGCUUAAUAACUUUGCAAAUGCAUAUAAUCUAAUUUAUUAAAUGUAAUCUAACUUUUUCAAACAUAUUUUUAAAUGGCCACAACGAAAAUAACUUAUUCUCUUAAAUAGGUAAAAUAUAAGGCGUGGCUUUGCAUUACAUUAUCCAUAAGAUAAAUAGAUAGAAAGUUCAAAAUCAUUGUAUAGACUUUACAAAAAAUUAAUAAAAAUAACUGUUCUUCUUA